AUGUCGGGACCUUUGGGGCCGCGGGGACGACCCGGACCCGAGGGACCUCCUGGACGACGUCGACCCUAUCCUUUGGGACUCCUUGGACGACCUGGACCUAUGGGACCCCCUGGACCGCCAGGACCUUUGGGGCCCCGGGGACGACCCGGACCCGAGGGACCUCCUGGACGACUUCGACCCUAUCCUUUGGGACUCCCUGGACGACCUCCUGGAAAACCCGGACCUGUGGGGUUCCCUGGACGACCCGGACCUGUGGGACCCCCUGCAUUGCCAGGACCUUUAGGAUUCCCUGGACCUAUGGGACCUCCUGGAAAACCGGAACCUGCUGGACCUCCUGGAAAACCCAGACCUGUGGAACCUCCUGGAAAACCCGAACCUGUGGGACCUCCUGGAAAACCCAAACCUAUGGGACCUCCUGGAAAACCCGAACCUGUGGGACCUCCUGGAAAACCCGAACCUAUGGGACCUCCUGGAAAACCCGAGCCUGUUGGACCUCCUGGAAAACCCGAACCUGUGGGACCUCCUGGAAAACCCGAACCUUUGGGACCUCCUGGAAAAAAACCUGAACCUACGAGACCUCCUGGAAAACCCGAACAUAUGGGACCUCCUGGAAAACCCAGACCCGUGGAACCUCUUGAAAAACCCAAACCUAUGGGACCUCCUGGUAAACCCAGACCUGUGGGACCUCUUGGAAAACCCGAACCUACGGGACCCCCUGGAAAUCCCGGGGCUGUUGGACCUCCUGGAAAAACCGAACCUGUGGGACCUCCUGGUAAACCCGAACCUAUGGGACCUCCUGGUAAACCCGAACCUAUGGGACCUCCUGGUAAACCCGAACCUACGAGACCUCCUGGAAAACCCGAACCUAUGGGACCUCCUGGAAAACCCAGACCAGUGGAACCUCCUGGAAAACCCAAACCUAUGGGAUCUCCUGGAAACCCCGAACCUAUGGGACCUCUUGGUAAACCCGAACCUACGGGACCCCUUGGAAAACCCGAGGUUGUUGGACCUCCAGGGAAACCCGAACCUAUGGGACCUCCUGGAAAAUCCGAACCUAUGGGACCUCCUGGAAAACCCGAACCUAUGGGACCUCCUGGAAAACCCAAACCUAUGGGACCUCCUGGAAAACCCGAACCUAUGGGACCUCCUGGAAAACCCGAACCUGUUGGACCUCCUGGAAAACCCGAACCUAUGGGACCUACUGGAAAACCCGGACCUAUGGGACCUACUGGAAAACCCAGACCUGUGGGACCUCCUGGAAAACCCGAACCUAUGGGACCUCCCGGAAAAGCCGAACCUAUGGGACCUACUGGUAAACCCGAACCUGUGGGACCCCCUGGAAAACCCGAAACCGUUGAACCUCCAGGAAAACCCGAACCUAUGGGACCUGGAAAACCCGAACCUAUGGGACCUCCUGGAAAACCCGAACCUGUGGGACCUCCUGGAAAACCCGAACCUAUGGGACCUACUGGAAAACCCGAACCUAUGGGACCUACUGGAAAACCCGAACCUGUGGGACCCCCUGGAAAACCCAAAGUCGUUGGACCUCCUGGAAAACCCGAACCUAUGGGACCUCCUGGAAAACCCGAACCUACGGGACUCCGUGGAAAACCCGAACCUAUGGGACCUCCUGGAAAACCCGAACCUACGGGACUCCGUGGAAAACCCGAACCUACGGGACCUCCUGGAAAACCCGAACCUGUGGAACCUCCUGGACAACCCGGAUUUUCUGCCCCCGGACAAUACGGACCUUCUGCUUCAGGACAACCUACACCUCUCGGUCCCAUUGGACAGCUUGGAAAACCAGGCCACCAGAUUACAGGUACUCGUGACGGAGACUGCAAAGUCGGAUACAAACUACUCGCUGGGACUUGCUUCAAACUUAAUGUCAACGAAAUGCAGUACUUCGAAGCCAAGAUGGCCUGUAAGAGGGAGGGAGCGAGACUAGCCAUGCCUAAAACAAAAGAACUGGACCAGGCUCUGAGGAAUCUGGUCUUCAAGGAAGGACAAAACCUGAACUAUUGGAUCGGCAUGAGGGAAGUUGAGGGUCAUCAGUGGCAAUGGGAUGAUGGGUCAAGUCUGCGCAGCACCGUAUACAAGUACUGGUCAGGAGUCACUGGUUCUCCUAUGUGGGACGAUACUGCAUGCAGUUAUAAGGCUCGGCCUAUCUGCCAAGCCCCUCAUCCAUAA